GCAAUUCACUUUUUUAAAUUGAUUUUAUUCUUGCAAGUUGUUCGGCACGAUGGUGAAAAGGCCUACACUUGGAAGAUGUUUAUUGAAGCGGGAUGGGAAAACGAAUGGUCCUCAUUCAAAUCGACAUUCAUCUUCAACAAAUGAGGAUUUCUCGAGAUUACCAGUUCGCUCUGUAACUGAAGAAAAUACCCUCACCGAAUUCUUCAGCAUCGCUGAGCUUGCGAAUUCCGACUUUACUGCACAGAAAAAAUCCUUCAGAUUUGUCACGAAAGGCGAAACCCUCGGUCUACCCUCUUCAACAUUGCGACAACAGUCUGAUGAGUUGCAUAAGGUUUACCAGAAUCUUUUGAAAAUUCCUAGAAGGCCAAGAUGGACUCAAGAAAUGACACCAGAACAACUGAACCAGUUGGAGAAGGAAGAGAUGCUAACUUGGAGACGUUCCUUGGCUAAUUUGGAACAAACAAAGGGCGUAGUACUGACUCCGUUUGAGAAGAACAUUGAAUUUUGGCGCCAGUUAUGGCGUGUUGUGGAGCGCAGUGAUAUCCUGGUGCAACUCGUUGAUGCCCGUCAGCCUCUGUUGUACUACUGCUCUGAUCUGGAAGUGUACGCUCACGAGGUCGAUCCGAAUAAAGUGUGUAUUGUCCUUGUGAACAAGGCCGAUUUCCUCACUCCGGAACAGCGCGAAUUGUGGAGUGUGUACUUCCGCGAACGGGAGAUUUGUGCUAUAUUUUGGUCCGCAACCGCAGCUGUUUCGUCUCGAGAAACGUACAGUCUCAACAAUCUAGAUUCCGUCAGUGGGAGCCAGCCAACGGAAUCGGAUUACGAAACAGACAAUGCUUCGUUCAACAGUGACGGUAGCUGCUCCACCCCCAAAGCUAGCAGUGACUCUGAAGAAGACCCGGUUCGCCCCACUUUUUCUUCGACCGUUAACCACUCAGCUCCUGAUGCAACAGCUGCAGCGGCAGAAACAUCUGCACCUGGAUUUCAGCCGGAUGGUCGCCUACUGAACUCCACUGAACUUCUAGACUUGUUCUCCAAGCAGUUGUAUCCAUCAAACCGACCAAUUCGAGGCUCCCAGCUCACAGUGGGUUUUGUCGGUUACCCAAACGUUGGCAAAUCCAGCACGCUGAACGCUCUAAUUGGGCGAAAGAAGACCGCUGUCUCGGCUACUCCAGGUCGCACGAAACAUUUUCAGACACUGUGCGUCCGCCCCGACUUGAUGUUGUGCGAUUGUCCUGGAUUGGUGAUGCCCUCAUUCGUGCAUUCCAAGGCCGAUCUCGUAGUUGCCGGCAUCUUGUCUAUCGACGAAAUGCGUGACUGUCUCUCACCAGUUGGAUUGGUUUGUGAACGCAUUCCUCAAUCCGUGCUGGAGCUUAAGUACGGUAUCAAGCUCUCCAAACCCAUAUUGGAUACUCGACCACAGGGAAGUGCGGAGGACAGCCCACCAACGCCACAUGAACUACUCGCUGCACAUGCUAUCUCCCACAGCUUCAUGACAGCCAAGGGCAAUCCUCAUUAUGACAGGUCCGCUCGAAUCAUCCUCAAAGAUUACGUCCAAGGUCGCCUGUUGUAUUGUCAUCCACCACCCGGCACGGACCCACAGGCUUUUCAGCUUCUCGGGAGGAAUCCCGACAGCUUACCCCCUAGUUUAGCUCACGCAAACAUGAACGAGAAAACCGUGGCCCAGCGGGGGUCCAGGCGGAAAUCACAAUCUGACGCUCCUUCUUCGUUGAUCACGGAUUUUGACAAGAUGAUUUUCAGCAAGCAAGCUGCACCGAAAUCGCACUUUCGAACACGCAAGGUAUUACCCGUUCGCCCCUCCAGUGACACGUCUGCUCCGGACGUUGGCGCGGCCGAUGGCGAUGAUGCGUUAUCCACCUCGUCUUGGACCACAGUGGAUUCCUCUGUUGGAGGAUCUACUCUGUUGUCUGGUGUAGAACUUGCCACUUGUCCCUCACUCGCAGGCACAAAGAAACCGUGGCGAAUUGUCAGUCAGUCGAAACGACUCGAUCCCUUCGAUUCGGCCGAACCGUCGCACCACUGCCACGGCAAACGUCGCGAGAAGUUGCGCCGAGUGUAUGCAAAUUUGGAUCGUCAUACUGUGACAUAAUGUACUCUGUGCCAUGCUCCCAUUCUCCCGAUUCCAUAACAAUCUGCCUUACCUCUUUCAGCCUUCAACCACCUAUCUCUCAGUCCUCUUCAACUCUUUGACUUCAGGGUGCUUCUGUACAUACUUUGCAAUGACUUGCUGCAUAAAUACACG